AUGAGGAGGUGGUGUUCCAAGCAAUGGCACACACGGGCAGGAGAAGGGUGUGGCAAACCUGGGGGGUUGGGAGCCUCCUCAGGUGACAACGCAGGGGACGCGAUCGCACUGCUUGGAGUACUGUCGUGGAAGCCUUCUGCGCUUUACCAGCAGGGGUUGGAAUGGGAGAAGAAGGAAAGAUGGACCGGGGGUGACAGUUGUGGAACCAGCAGCUGCAACAGCAGGAGACACACCACGGCUCUCAUUUUCACGCAGCAGUUGAGCAAGCACUUCCGGGUUGCGUGCCACUAUGUAGCAUUGCCAGUAGGACCAGAUAACGAUGCCAAAGAUGUAGAGUCAGCUGCAAGGCCUGCUGGGAAACGGGCUGGCUUUGGUGGAGGAGGGACGCUCUGA